CCGCCCUACGACAAGGUGCUGUGGAAUUUGUUUUGUCAGGUGGAUACAGAUGGCAGUGGUGCCAUUUCACCAAAAGAGCUAUCUGGUGCCUUGAUUAAUGGCAAUUUUACACCAUUUGAUAUCGUGACGGUACAACUCAUGGUUCGCAUGUUUGAUGAAGAUCGCUCAGGCACGAUUAGCUUUGCUGAAUUUGCAAAAUUAUGGGCCUACCUACUCGAAUGGAAACAGCUCUUUGCGCGCUUCGAUACGGAUGCGUCAGGAACCAUUUCAUUUAUCGAAUUUUCCGAUGCGCUUGCUGCGUUUGGGUAUCGUCUAUCAAUAGAGUUUGCUCAAUUCCUGUUUAGACAUCACGAGCGUGAUCGCAAGCAGCGGACAAAGGAAAUGACAUUUGACUUGUUUGUUCAGGCCUGUAUCACGUUGCGUUCCUAUACAGACAUUUUCAAAGCGUUUGAUACCGAUCAGGAUGGAGUUAUUACGAUUGGCUUUGAGGAUUUCUUAAGGGUGCUCAUCAAGAACAGA